AUGAAUAAAAAGAUAUUUAAUAAUGUUUUUAAUAAUUCAGUAUUGAGAGUUUAUAUAUUUCAACAGGUCAGAUCAAUACAUGUCGAUUAUUUAAGAGAAAAGAGUUUGAAAUGGAAUGAAGUAGAAUGUAAACCAUAUCUAUUGGCUGGUUACAACUAUUUUCAAUUGUUAAAAGAAUAUUAUAAACAAAUAGAAGAGAAUAAUAAAAAAUGGUAUCACAAGUUUAUAGCUUACUCUUUGAAAUCAGACAGAACAAUCUAUCAUGCUUUGAGAGUAGCAGUGCAACAUGAUAGAUUAGAGAUAAUAAAGUAUUUUAUGGAUCAAUUUAGAUUGUAUGAUUGCAUAGAAGGAUUGAUGGAUGUAUCUGUUAUCAAUGGAAAGUCAGAGAUAUUUCAUUAUUUAGAUCAACUUGUAACUUCCAUUGGCAAGAUUCACUUGUACGAGUCGUACAUGACCCGUUCACCUCGAGGUGAAAACAUGGAGUUGUUACAAUGGUUAACUGAAAAGAUAUCGAAACACAAUAUUGAAGAUAAUACAACGAUAUAUCCUAAAAAUAUGAUAUCCAAUGCAAUAGAAAAUGCAGCUAUCGUUGGUCGUAUCGACAUGAUCGAGUAUCUCAUGUCAAAAUGUGAUUUCACCACCAUUCCAGAAAAUAUUCGACAUUAUAUUCUAGAGAAUGGUGUAGCGAGUGGUAGCAUUGAAAUGAUUGAAUGGAUUUUAGCACAUGGUGUCAAUUAUAAAUCAAAUAUAAACUAUAUAGAGUUGUCAGCCAAAUAUGGACAUCUUAAUUUGGUUCAGUAUUUCGAGAUGAAUAAUAUCGGUCACUUUACAAGCGAAACGGUUGUCAAUGCAGUGGUAUCAAAUAAUUUACAACUGGUUGAGUGGUUACAUUACAAUUAUAGUCAAUGUUUCACAUCUUUGGCAAUGGAUCAAUCGGCAUGGAUGGGUAUAUCAUUUGUUAAAUGGUUCCACUCGAAUCGAACUGAAGGAUGUACCAUUGGAUCGAUGAUAAACGCUUCAUUCAGCCAUGAUUUAGAAACAGUUAAAUGGUUACGAGAGAACAGGUCAGAUUCAUACAACAACACAAUACUUAAUGAAAUUAUCAUCCGUUCAUACCCAUCGUCCUAUGAGAUCUUACAAUAUCUUUACGAUCAAAAUCUAUAUGAAAAGUUUAAUAUUAAUCAACAAAAGUUAGAAGACAUCUUUUUUAGUACUGUGGGUGCUGUUGGUUGCGAAGAUAUUCCUAAUUUUAUGAUCGAUUAUCAAAAUCAAUUAUUCUCUGCAUUCGAUUUGAAAAAAGAAUUAAGAAAAGUAAUCAAAAGAUUUGGAAUCCCUGAUCAUGUCUAUAAAAAUAUAAAUUUAUAA